CAAAGAGCUGGGUGUGGAGCAUGCAAGCGGUGUGCUUGUGGGUCAAACCAAACUGAGAGUUGAGGCUUACGGCAAUGUAAGUGGGAGUGGGCUGCUUGUGAGAUGCAAGCAAGCAGUCCCACGAACUCCAGCAAAAUCAAGAGGGGUUUCUCUUGGGUUCACUUGGGUGUCAAGUGUGUUGUUUACAUACAAGAGAGUCGUGGUGAGAAAGCAUGGUGUUCAAGAGAGAGCACGGCAGAGAGGGAGAGUGGGUUGCUUGUGAGAUGCAAGCAGUCCCAUGAACUCCUGGAGGAUGUUUCAGCUGGGAGUUAGCUGGGUUCAUCAAAGGUUCAAGGGAGGAUAUAUCUCUUGGGGAGUGACAGUGAGUUUUGGGAAAUACCGUGAGUGGGUGUACAAGGGACUCGGGUUGGGGCAUAAAACUCUUGAGUGUUAUAUUGAGUUAUGUUGAUUUAACUCAAUAUGUAUUUUGUACGGUUAAUAUUCUCAUAGUGAAAAACUAACAAUACUGUCCGGGGAUAUACGCAGGUUUUGCUGAACCUCGUAAAUUCUUGGUGUGUUUUCUCAUGUAUUUACUCAUUGUUGUAAAGAUAUCAAAGGUCCUAGUCUUGCCACAUGUCAGGAGAUUAAAGAAUCAAGUGGUUAAAAUGUUGUUAGUCUUGUUAGACAGUUAAGAAAGUCUGUUAGCAUUGAUCAGUGUAAGAAAGAGAAGUUAGAGAGGUUAGAGAAUGUGAACAAGCUUCUAACUAUAGCUUGAUAUAAAUGUCUAUAAUAGUGUUAGAAAAAGAUUAAUGAGAAUACAAUAGUUUCUUCUCUCUCUAUUUAUCAGAAAUUCUCUCUGCUUCUCUUCACUUCUCUAUUUGCUUUUGUGUAAUUCUGCUAUCUUGAUAUGGUAUCAUUUGCCAUGGAUUCUUGAUCUUGUGAUCUUCUCUGCUUCCGCACUCUCUGGUUUCUGUUUCUGUUUCUGGCUUCGUUAUCUUCUCAUCCACCCAAUUCUUUCGUGUUCUUCGAUCUGUUUGUUAACUGUUUGAUAUAUUGUCUCACUGAAAUUCUUCUUCAACUCUUCGAUUAUCUGCAAGUUUAUUCCUUCUCAAUCUUCGAUUCUCCUCUUUUACUUCUUGCAUUCUUCAAAUGGUGACUACUUCUCAACUCCAAAUUGUUCAAUCUCCUAUUACUUCUUUGCUUCCUACGGUUUCUACUGCUGUGACAGUCAAGCUUGAUGAUACAAAUUAUCUCACAUGGCACUUUCAGAUGCAAAUUCUUCUUGAGAGUCAUGGCAUUUUGGGAUUUGUUGAUGGCUCGAGGAAGUGUCCUAGUUGAUUUGAUGCGAACUCUGAUCUUGAGGGUGGUGAAACUGAUGACUAUCAGGUUUGGAAAAUGCAUGAUCAAGCAUUGAUGCAGUUGCUUAUUGCCACUCUCUCUUCUACUGCGAUUUCCUAUGUCAUUGGCUGUGUCAGUUCUCAUGAUAUGUGGGUUCAACUGAAGGAUCGAUUUUCUACAGUUACCAAAGCACGAAUCUUUCAGAUGAAAAGUGAGCUUCAGACUAUCAAGAAGGGUUCAGAACCUGUGUCUCAAUAUCUGCAAAGGAUCAAAGAUGCUCGAGACCAUCUUUCUGCAGUAAGGGUUUAUUUUGAAGAUGAUGAUAUUGUGAUCUUGGCUCUCAAUGGUCUUCCUUCUGACUACAACACAUUUAGGUGUAUGGUUCGAGGCAGAGACAAUGUUUUAUCUCUUAAAGAUUUUCGGUCUCAAUUGCUUGCUGAAGAAGCCACUCUUGAGCAGACUUAUUCUGCUUCUCCAUUUGUCUCUGCAAUGAUGGCUCAAAAUCAGACAUUUCAAGGCAAGGCUCUUGUUCUUGAUUAAGGUAAUUCUACUUCUCAACCUCAAGGGUAUCCUUCUAGCUCUAAGUCUGCUCCAUCUUCUCAAUUUUCCUCUGGCUUCAAUGGGGUUUUUAAUGGUAAUCAUGCUGGUUUCAAUGGUCCCAAUGCAAUGUUCAACAAUGGUGGUUAUUCUGGCAAUCGAGGCUCUCAUUUUAAGGGUCGUGGCAGAGGUCGUGGUCAUUACCAAUCUGGUCCACGACCUUAUCAAGUUCAGCCCACUUCUAGUCCUGGCAUUCUUGGUCCUGGCACUGACAUUCCUACUUGUCAAAUCUGUAGCAAGAAAGGUCAUGUAGUUGCUGAUUGUUAUCAACGACACAAUCAACCUUCUACUCCUACCUCUUCAGUCCAAUGUCAGAUUUGUUGGAAAUUUAGGCAUUCUGCUAUUCAAUGUUAUCAUAGAGGCAACUUCUCUUAUCAAGGCAAACCUCCUUCCACCAAUCUUAGUGUCAUGCAUGCAAACUUUCCUUCUUCUACACCUCAUGAGCAAUUUUGGGUGGCUGAUACUGGAGCAACGACUCAUAUGACCUGUGAUUUGGCUCAACUCAGCUUGGCUACUCCUUUCUCAGGGUCUAAUACUAUUACCACUGCAGGGGGUUCAGGACAAGAUCACGAGGAGUGUUCUUCUGAAGGGACUGUGUAGAGCUGGCUUGUAUCCUAUUCCUUUUCUCCAUUUCAUCCAUUCCACCACCUCGUCUUCAACAAGCAUCUUCUUUCCACAAGAAUCAAUUCUGCUAUCUUGGUCACCAAGUCAAAACAAGUCUCUGGCACAAGCGUUUCGGUCAUCCUUCUAACAAAAUCACUUCUGCUCUUUUAAA